AUGAAGAGUCCGUCUCAGUCAUCUCAAUUCCUAUACAAGGUGAAAACGUCACAUAUUUUAGCUCUCUCAGCUACUAUUCAACUUGGUUUACUUGUCUACGCACAACAUGUCGAUAACCAUCCUGAACAAUAUGGUGGAUUAAAAUAUACAGAUGUAGAUUGGAGAGUUAUAAGUGAUGGUGCCAAAUUGAUUUUCAACCCUGAUGAACCUCAAGGUAAUAUAGCCAGAGGAUGGUUGAUAGACUUAUCAGGAUUCAAAAUAGGAGACCCGUAUGAACGAUCAACGUUUCGAUAUACACCUUUACUACCACUUCUAAUAUCUCCUACUCUCAUUUAUCCUUUAUUAGGUAGAUUGAUAUUGGUAUUUACAUCGCUCCUCAUUCCUUCCCUCCUACUUUCUUUACCCAAUGCAAGACCAUCACCGAAAUCAAUGACGACACCGAUAAAAUCAACAGUCAUACCUCAAACAACGACGACAACCUCAACGACGAGAAGAGAUAAUUUCUGGUCAACACAUCUGAUAUGGACAUUAAAUCCAUUCGUAAUGAAUAUAACAACUCGUGGAUCACCAGAAUCGAUAAUUUGCUUACUUGUCAUUCUGACUUUAUCAAAAUUGAGAAAAGGCGAUCUUGUACAAGCUGCUAUAUGGUUGGGUUUAUCAAUUAGCUGGAAGAUUUAUCCAGCAAUUUAUAUCCCUACUAUAUGGAGCUUCCUGUCUAAAAGACACGGUUGGUUUGGCAAAGGAAUUUUCCGAUUCGGAUUCAUCGUUUUAUUAACGUUGAUUUCGACUAAUGGAUUACUGUGGUCUAUAUGGGGUGAACCAUUCUUGGAACAUACAUAUUUAUAUCAUUUAAAACGAUUAGAUCACAGACAUAAUUUCUCACCUUAUUUCUAUCCAAUCUAUUUGUCUCUAUUUCCCACAUCCACCAAUUCGUCAAUACCUACUAUGAUAGAAAGAGUCUUAAGACAUCCCCUCACUUCUUUCUUACCUCAAAAUACAUUAGUCCUUUUAUCUGGAUUCAUAUUAGAACCUAUAACAGGAAUAGAAUUUACAAUGUUUAUCCAAACUACUAUUUUCAUCGUAUUCAAUAAAGUCUGUACAUCUCAAUAUUUCAUGUGGUUCUUACCCCUCAUACCACCCAUAAUACCUCAAUUGCACUUGGCCAAAUCGAAGACGAUAAUCCUCAUACUACUAUGGGUUGUGGGUCAAGCGCUAUGGUUGAGUAUAGGAUAUAAUCUUGAAUUCAUGGCUAAACAGGUUUAUCUAUAUCUCUGGAUGUCAGGGUUAGUACUGUUCGGAAUAAGUGUUUGGGUUAUCGGAGAGAUCUUAGAUGGUUUUACCUAA